AUGACAAAACACAGGAUUGACGUGACUUUGCGCAACUCAGAGCAAUGGAUCUUGUCGAAUGCUAAGGGUCAGACAUAUCUGAUUCAAGCAUCAUGGCCGCUCAACUGGAGAGACAAGGCACCACUGGAAGCCAAGGAAGUCCCCAUCAUAUAUAUCAUGGAUGGCAACGCCCUGUUUCUUACAGCAACUGAGGCUGCGUGGCGGCGUGCCUCGGGUCCUCAUUAUUCUGGUGGCGGGCUUGUCGUCGCCAUCGGCUAUGAUCUGCCACAGGAGAAACUUUACAGUCCGUCUCGCGGCUACGAUCUCACACCGCCGGACGGCACAGAGAAGGACGUCUUCGGUCCUGUGGGCGGAGCCGAUGAGAUGCUUGACUUCAUGACGAACACUGUUUUCCCUUCCGUCCUAGAGCGAUUCCCAGACGUCACGUUCGGGAGAAGAGCACUGUUCGGCCAUUCGUACGGAGGCCUGUUUGCUCUGCACGCUUUGUUCAAGCGGCCGCGGCUGUUUGACUGCUACAUCGCGAGCAGCCCUUCGCUGUACUGGCACGACGACUUCAUCUUCUCCGAGCAGGAGGAAUACGAGAAAGAGCCCGACGAAGGAAACUCCGGUGCCGUGGUCAUGCUUUAUUACGGCGAGCUGGAAGCCCAUCCUAAACAGUGGCAUGACCAGACUGACGAAGCAUUUGAGAGGCGGAAGAAGAUGCUUGAGGGGUUCAAGUUCGAGGAGAACACGCAUGCCAUGUAUGAAAAGCUCAGAGCCUCGCCUCGUGUCCGUGACGUCCAUCUGAGGGUCUACAGCGACGAGGAUCAUACCAGCGUCAUGGCCUGUGCACUCAGCAGAAGUCUGACGACCUUCUUUGAGGAUUGGGCGUAUUAG